AUGAGAAAAGAUGAAAGGUCUCAAAGCAAUGGCCUCAGUUUAUACCUUAAGAAACUUCAGGGUUUGAAACAUGGCGCAGAUGACUUGGACCAGCAACAAACUACCAACACCGUAGAGGAGCCCCUGGAUCUCAUCAAGCUCAGCCUGGAUGAGCGAAUUUAUGUGAAAAUGAAAAAUAACAGAGAGCUUCGAGGCAGAUUACAUGCUUAUGAUCAGCAUUUAAAUAUGAUAUUGGGAGAUGUGGAAGAGACUAUGACUACCAUAGAAAUUGAUGAGGAAACCUACAAGGAGGUAUAUAAAUCAACAAAACGGAAUAUUCCGAUGCUCUUUGUCCAGGGAGAUGGUGUUGUUCUAGUUGCCCCUCCAUUAAGAGUUGGCUGAAACAAAGAAUUCAUCGUGUUAUGGAAUAUAGGAGACUUUGUAUGAUUGCCUCUUUAAAUGUAGAAGACACUCAAAAGAGA